ACAAGGACCCCCAAACAUCCGGCCGAAACGAAUCGUUUCGGGCUUUCGCAGUAGCGGCCUCUUCUCCCGGCAACUUCCCACUACUGCCCCCCACCAUUCUUAUCAACUUCUUGUUGCUUUUGCUCCAAGCUUUCCGUUCCAUUAAUUUUUUUAAAAAUAUUUUUCAAACCUUUUCGUUUCAAACUGUUCCAACGAGCUGCAAUACGACUCGCCAAAGGUGCGAUUUUGUUUCGAAAUUCUCCAACUAAAUAAACAAAAUACGUAUUUAGUUUUUGUGGGUAUUAUAUUGCGGCAACUUCCAACUGUUCCUCUGUCCGGAGGUGCUUCGAUUAUUGCGGUGGAUUUUGUUUUCAAUUUCUUCAACCGAUAAAUCAGAGUUUUGAUUUAUCAAUUGCUGGAUUCUUGUUUCCAUUUCCUUCGGGGUUGACUGAACUGCGACUUCUGGUAAUCAUCUAGAAGUUCCAGUCGGCUUCCAUUUGGCUAUUUCUAUCGGGUUGAAUUUGGAGUCCCCAGUUGAAAAUUCAAUGCGAUUUUCAAUUGGGUCCUUCUGAUUCUUUGGAAGGUUCUUGUUCGAAGAAUUUUCAACUGGGUUUUUUGGGUUCCAUUGAUUUAUUGGAAAGUUCCGUUCUUGGAGUUGAGAGGAUAUAAAUUUGAGGUUUUCGGAUCGACUUUUUGUGGGGCUUUUGGGUUUUCUUGAUUCAUUGGAAAGGUUCUUUUUUUUGGGUUGAAAAUGUAAAUUUGAGGUUUUCGAUUCGAUUUUUUGGUCCUGCAUAUACAAGUGAGCUUGAAGGAUUUGGUUUUUCCGGGAUUUUAGAGCUUUGAGCAAUGAGGAGUGGUUGAUCAUUUAUUUCUGGGUUUUGGGUGCCCUUAGUUCCUUGGAAAGUUUCCUUUUUCGGGUGGAAAGACCGUAAAUUCGAGGUUUUCGAAUAGGAGUUUUGGUCCUGGUGAAUUUUCUUGGAUUUUAGAGUUUCUGAGAUGGGGUUGAUGAUGUAGUUCUGGGUUUUGAUUUGGGUUUUGGGGGAUUGAUUAGGAUGGAGGAAGCUCAAGGCGGCACGAGUUCGUUGCCUCCUUUCCUUUCCAAGACAUAUGAGAUGGUAGAUGAUGCUUCAACAGAUUCAAUUGUGUCAUGGAGUGCCAGUGAUAAGAGCUUCAUUGUUUGGAACCCGCCGGAUUUUGCUAGAGAUUUGCUGCCAAAGUUCUUCAAGCACAACAACUUCUCUAGCUUCAUCAGGCAGCUCAAUACCUAUGGUUUUAGAAAAAUUGAUCCGGAGCAAUGGGAAUUCGCCAAUGAUGAUUUUAUAAGAGGUCAGCCACACCUUAUGAAGAACAUCCAUAGGCGAAAGCCGGUGCACAGCCACUCUUUGCAGAAUCUUCAAGUCCAAGGCCAAGGGCAAGGGACUUCAUUGUCCGAAGCUGAACGGCAGAGUAUGAAGGACGAAAUCAAGAGCCUUAAACAUGAGAAAGAACGCCUUGCUGUGGAAUUACAGAGGCAUGAACAGGAGCGGCAUGGAUUGGAGUUGCAAAUGCAGUUCUUGAAGGACCGUUUGCAACACAUGGAAGGGCAGCAGCAAACCAUGGCGGCUUUCGUGGCUAGGGUUUUGCAGAAACCGGGGAUUGCCUCUAAUCCUGUUCCACAAUUGGAAGUCCGUGAGCGAAAGAGAAGGUUGCCAAGAACCAGUUGGCCUUUCGACGAUGCUAACAAUGGAAAUAAUCAGAUGGUUAGUUCAGAAGCUGUAAUUAGAGAAAACGGGGGUUUGGAAAAGUUGGAGCAGUUGGAGUCAUUCCUAACAUUUUGGGAAGAUACCAUUCAUGAUGUUGGUCACAAUAACAUUCCACUUGUGGAUGAAUCUACAAGUGGUAAUGAAAGCACAGCCGUAUCUUCCAUGCAAUUGAAUGUUGACAUUCAGUCCAAAUCCCCUCAAAUUGACAUGAAUUCUGAGCCCGCUGCAUUUGUUGCUCCUGAGCCUGCUGCAUCGCAAUCCUCUAUGGAACAAACAGCUGGAAUUGCUGCUUCUGCACCCACCACUGCCUUGAUACAACAACCGUCUAAUGAAAAACCAGCCGGAACCACCUCUUCUGCACCCACCGGGGUCAAUGACGGAUUUUGGGAACAGUUCUUGACAGAGAAUCCUGGCACGUCAGAAGCACAGAAAGUUCCGUUGGAAAGAAAGGAUUCCGAUGGUAGAAGUAAUGACAGCAAACCUGGUGAUCAUGGCAGGUUGUGGUGCAAUAUAAGGAAUGUAAAUAACCUUACAGAACAGAUGGGGCAUCUUACUCCAUUAGAGAAAACCUGAUACUAGUUACUUUAUUCCGGUAUAAAUUUAGGUAUGAAUAUUUUGUUCUGGCAUUCAUAGAUAUUCUGUGUUUGUGUUCAUUUUCUUCUUGGUCAUCUUUAUAUUUUGAUUAGUAUUCUUAUACCUAUAAACUAAAUAAUAUCACUUAAUAUGUUUAUGUCCAAAA